CCUUUUCUUACUGUUAUGAAUCUUAACUGCUCACCAGACGUCCACACAUUUCUGUGCAAAGCCUUUGUCCCCGCCUGCCUGGAGCAAGUUCACGUCAUUCACCCGUGUCGAAACCUCUGUGAGAAAGUCUAUUCUGACUGUAAGCAGCUGAUGGACACUUUUGGAAUCACGUGGCCUGAAGAGCUGGAAUGUGCCAGACUAGUCGAUUGUGAUGAGACUGGCCCUGCCACUGCUGCUGUGACCACAAACAUACAUGGAACUCAGAAGACCUCAGGCCAGAUCCGAAGGGAUUAUGGAUUCUGGUGUCCACGACACCUCCACACUACCAAUGGACAAGGCUACAAGUUUCUAGGAAUUGAUCAGUGUGCACCCCCAUGUCCCAAUAUGUACUUCAAAAAUUAUGAAUUGGAUGUUGCAAAAAGCUUCAUUGGAAUAGUUUCAAUCUUUUGUCUUUGUGCUACGCUUUUCACAUUCCUGACUUUUUUGAUUGACGUUAAAAGGUUUAGGUACCCAGAGAGGCCGAUCAUAUAUUACUCUGUCUGUUACAGCAUAGUCUCUCUAAUGUACUUCAUUGGAUUUUUGCUUGGGAACAAAACUGCCUGUAACGAGGCAGAUGAGAAGUUAGAAAUUGGUGAAACAGUUGUUCUUGGCUCCCAAAACAAAGCCUGUACUGUCCUUUUCAUGAUUUUGUAUUUUUUCACUAUGGCAGGAACUAUAUGGUGGGUGAUUCUUACAAUCACUUGGUUCCUUGCAGCAGGAAGAAAAUGGAGCUGUGAAGCUAUUGCACAAAAGGCCAUGUGGUUCCAUGCCGUUGCGUGGGGAAUACCUGGUUUUCUAACCAUUAUGCUCCUUGCGAUGAACAAAGUCGAAGGGGACAACAUCAGCGGAGUUUGUUUCGUGGGUCUCUAUGAUCUGGAUGCCUCUCUGUACUUUGUGCUUUUGCCGUUGUGCCUUUGUGUUUUUUUUGGUCUCUCUCUUCUUUUAGCUGGUAUUAUUUCUUUAAAUCACGUACGGCAAGUCAUACAGCAUGAUGGCAGAAACCAGGAGAAACUAAAGAAAUUUAUGAUCCGAAUUGGAGUUUUUAGUGGGUUAUACUUGGUGCCACUUGUAGCACUUCUUGGAUGUUAUGUCUAUGAACUGGUGAACCGGAAAAUCUGGGAAAUGACUUGGGUGUUUGACCACUGUAACCAGUACCAUAUUCCUUGUCCUUACCAGGCAAAGGUGCUAGCAAGGCCAGAAAUCUUUUUGUUUCUGAUGAAAUAUUUGCUGACAUUAAUUGUUGGCAUAUCUCCAGUCUUCUGGGUGGGAAGUAAAAAGACCUGUUCUGAAUGGGCCAAUUUCUUCAACAGAAACCGCAAAAGAGAUCCGAUUAGUGAGAGUCGAAGAGUGCUGCAAGAAUCGUGCGAAUUUUUCUUGAGGCACAAUUCCAAAGUUAAACACAAAAAGAAGCACUACAAAUCAACUUCCCACAAAUUGAAAGUCAUUUCGAAGUCAAUGGGGACUAGUACGGGUGGCACAACAAAUCAUGGGACUUCUGCAGUCGCAAUCACUAAACAUGAUUACUUAAGCCAAGAAACUGUUGCAGAAAUUAAAACCUCUCCAGAGACAUCUGAGAAGGAGACAGAGGCAGAUGGCACAUCAGCCCGAAGGGUCGAGGAAGGUGAAAACAGUGGAGAUCAAAUGUUACCUCGUUCUAAACUGACCGUGGAUCAGGUGGAAAAAAGAAACAAAGCGGAUAGCACAUGUGACAUGAGUAGCUUGGCUGAGAGUGUCAAGGGAGCAGCUGAAGGAAGGAUAACUCCUAAAAAGGAUUUUAUUGAAUCUCCUCUGUUACAAAGGAGCUGUUCCCAAAUACCUGAUGUUUCACAGUCAGCUUCCGUAUCACUAAUUGUCUACCCAGCUUCAGACUCCAGAAGAGAGUUGGAUUCAGGAAACAGUUCAAACCCUUGA